AAACUUUAUUUGUCUGAGUGUGAUACUCCCCUCUGUGGGUGGAGAAGCAGAGGGACUGGCUGACGUCAUCCGAAGGGAUAAAGUGCAGUGCCCACAGCUUUGGAAUGAGUAAAACUUCUUAAGAGGUAUAAAAGGUCGGCUGCCCUGUACGCAGGUGCUCUGCUGACAGCAACCUUCCUCCUACAGCUCGGCUCCUCACAAAGACCUAAGGAAAAAAGAAGACUAACCAAGAAAAAACUGUCCACAAUGCCACAAAACGUUAUUCUCCAAGGACCGUCACCCUGGGGAUUCAGGCUCUCGGGAGGAAUAGAUUUUAAUCAACCCUUAAUCAUAACCAGGAUUACACCUGGAAGCAAGGCUUCAGCUGCCAACCUGUGCCCUGGUGAUGUUAUUAUAGCUAUUGAUGGUCUAGGCACAGAGAACAUGACACAUAAUGAUGCCCAGGAGAGAAUUAAAGCAGCUACACAUCAGCUUUGUUUGAAAAUAGAGAGGGCAGGAACUAAAUUAUGGUCCCCACAAGUUUCAGAAGAUGGCAGAGCACAUCCCUUCAAGAUAAAUUUGGAAGCUGAACCACAGGAUAUGAACUACUUCGAACACAAGCAUAAUAUUCGGCCCAAACCUUUCAUAAUCUCAGGCCAAAGCAGCGGAUGCAGCACUCCUUCAGGGAUGGACUGUGGCAGUGGACGCAGUACCCCCUCUUCAAUUAGCACCGUUAGCUCUAUCUGCCCCACAGAGCUGAAAGCAGUGUCUAAGAUGGCCCCUAACAUUCCCUUGGAAAUGGAGCUUCCCGGUGUCAAGAUUGUACAUGCUCAGUUUAACACACCUAUGCAGUUGUACUCAGAUGACAAUAUCAUGGAAACACUGCAAGGCCAAGUUUCUACAGCUCUGGGGGAAUCACCUGUCAUAAGUGACCCAUCUCCCAACUCAGUGACUCAGUCUGACGUGUACAAGAUGCUCCAUGCCAACCAGGAGGAGCCCAGUCAGCCGCGCCAAUCUGGCUCCUUUAAGGUGCUCCAGAAUUUAGUCUCCGAGGAAGAUGGGCGCCCUGUGGGUACAAGGAGUGUGAAAGCCCCUGUAACAAAGGCACCUACUGCCAUGCCUGGUGUCCAGAAAGUGCCACUGUGUGACAAGUGUGGGAAUGGGAUUCUAGGAACAGUGGUGAAGGCACGUGAUAAAUACCGGCACCCAGAAUGUUUUGUGUGCUCUGACUGCAAUCUCAACCUGAAACAAAAAGGUUACUUCUUUGUGGAGGGCCAACUGUACUGUGAAGCUCACGCCCGAGCUCGCAUGAGGCCACCAGAGGGAUAUGAAACAGUCACCGUUUACCCAAAAUGCUAGUCUUAGGUUAACACACAAUUAUAUGCAUGCACACAAAAAGCCAUUUCCAGCUUAGAACUGCAGUACAAGUGUCAGGACUUCUGACUAAAUCCAAAGUAGCAUCUUUUAAACCUUCCCUUGAGGGAUUCUGGGGGAGGUGGAAGCCCCUAUUAGCUAGCAGUAGCAUAUUAUACCAGAAAAAUUCUGCUAAAAUAUUGUCUUUGAAGUUGUCAAUAUAAGUCAAGGAAGUAUAAAAUGAAACAGCUGUCCUGGAAUACAAAAAGUGAAACAUGAAUGCUACAACAUAUACAUAAGUGCUGUAAACAAGACAUUAUUUCUAACAUAAAUUAAAUAUCUAUGCAAACACCAACACCAUCAAAGUCUUAGAGUCUGCAAAUGUAGAGGCUUGACAGGUCAUUAAAAAAGCAGCUAUUUUACAUGGAUAGUACAAAACAAGCAGUUGUUCAUGUCUGCUUCAUGUCUAUUAUUCAACCAGCAUUAAUGUGCACCCCAGAUAGAUUUUGCUUACUUUGCUUUGAAUUUGGGGUUAUAGUGCCUUAAUUUUCUGAUUCAGCAACUGUGAUAAAGAAUAAAUGUCAAGUCACAUAAUAAAAUGGCUAGUAUAAUAAAGACUGGUUAGUAUGAAGCAAAACAAAAAUUCUAUGUUGUCUUAAUGAUUUGCAAUGGUACCAUCUUUCACAUAACUUAGCAAAAAAAUUGUUCUGAGGCAUGAACACACAUACAUUGUUUUCUGGAAAAAAAAACCCACACUCUAAUAGAAACUCACUGCAAAUUGAGUUUGAAAGUAAAUUUUAAAACGUUUCUGCAGAAAAUUAUACUGGAUUUUUGCAUCUCCAUCUUUUAAUUUCCAUAAUAGAAAAAAAAAGAGGAAACAUCAUCAUAAUAUCUUUGUUGCUGGAAAAUCAAAGCUUGGACAACUUUAAAAACAAUUGUUAAUUAAAAUAUACAAAGGAAAGAUCUCUUACAAAAAAAACCAGUGAAGUCCUAAGGAAAAAAAAAGGCUGAAAGAAUACAUUUUUGUCAUCAAUUCCUGGAAUUUGUCAAGGGCUACACUGCUUUCAGGUAGCUGCCAGCUACAUAAACACACCUAACUGGCAAACCAAACCUUAGCGUUUACAGAUAAUACCAACACAAGUCAGAAAUUAUUUAUUGGGGUAUUUUGAACCCAAUUUAAAGUAGAAUAAUCUACAAAAUUUUUAUCAAGUCUACAAGACUAACAAAAAAUAACUUCAUAUACUUUUCCCAUUCUACAAUAUAAGAAGCUUAAAAUGUAAGUAGAAUAUGAAAUCAAAAUAAGAAGCUGUCCAUACUUUAAAUUUAUUUUAAAAAUUCACAAGUCCCAAAGAUUGAAAUAUAACGUCCACAUAUUCAAAGACUUUUCAAAAUAGCUUAAAGUAUUAUUUCAGAAUUUAAAAGUUUUAAAAAUGAGUGUGUCACUGACUUUAUUAUUUACAUUUGUAUAUCAUAAGCAGACAAAAAAGUGUUGCACCCUUUCCAAGGUUAGUUCCUGAAAUAUUUUUGGGCACAAAACAUAAUUCUGCUCUUCAGGUAUCAUGGAGGCUAUGUAUAAUAUUAAUAUUUUCCCACUAAUAAAGCACACAAAUAUGAAAAUCCUUUUGGAAGUGAGAGUGCACAUAAUGUCUAUUUUUACAAACUUAAAAUGUCAUUGGUGUUUUAAAAUGUUUGUUUAAUGUUUCUGUCUUUGUAUGUAACUAAAGGUAAAAAUAAAUCUAUUACAUAUGAUAAA